AUGACUGAUGAUGUUUCUGCGGGUGUGUGUGAAGUGCCUCCAGUGUUUGGAGAUGAAGGAGGAUCUGCUCACAUCAUCUGUCCUUAUGAUCCCAUCUAUAAAUCAAAGUCAAAGUAUUUGUUGAAGAGCUCCACUACAUAUGAAAAUAGUCUCAUGGAGACUGUGAGAGACCAGAAUGAGAUGAAGAUGAACAGAUGGAGUGUGAAUGAUGACAUGACAGCAAGUGUGUUUAGUGUGAACAUCACUGGACUGACAGCAGAGGAUGCUGGGAAAUACUGCUGUGCAGUGACAUUAGAAACAGACGUGAUUUAUCUUUACACUCAUCUCAUUAUUCUCAUCAAACAGGAGCUUCUCUUGAAUAAGCGUGAAGGAGACAACAUGUCAAUGGAGUGCAAACAUCACGCUGAAUAUCAGAAAGUCUUCUGUAAAGCACAUGAAGUCUCAAUGUGUGUCAAUGAUGGAGUUUCAUUCCAGUGGAUCAGAGAUGAUGGAUUCUCUUUAAGUGAUGAAACAUCUACUGGAGUCUUUACUGUAAACAUCAGUCAUCUGAGAGAAGAGCAUUCUGGGAUAUACUGGUGUGGAUCUCACAUCAUCACUAAAGUGCAUCUAAACGUCACCAGAGUUUCAGAUUUCUUCAAGAUCCUCAUCAUCACUUCUGUGAGUGUUCUGCUGCUGAUGAAAACAAUAAUGCUGCUGGUGAAUUUAGGAUUCAUCAGGAAACAAACUGAAGCAUCACACAGAUGAAGAGGGACACAUAUAAUGUUUAAAGAGGGACACACAUAAUGUUUAAUGACAUUUGAAGUAAUAAAGAAGAAUAACGUUGCUUCUGCGACACAUGUUGUGUUGAGUCUUCCGGGUCAGAGAGACGAUCUGACAGCCCGCUCUGAUCUACAACACCUUCACUUUAAUACACAAUCCCCUCUGAUCUGUGUGAAUAAAACACUUCACAUGUUCUCAUCUCUCUGAAUCUUCUCAUUUGUAUCUUUCAUCUCUUUAGAUUUGUACAGCAGAUCAAAGUCACUCAGAGAUUGUGAGAAAGAGCAUUUUAUUAUAACAGCUCAUCUCAGUUGUGUGCAUUAAUUUAAUCUUA